AUGUUAAAAUCAGAUCCCAGUGGUUCAAUAGCUCCUCCAGAUGUGAAGCUUCACGUGGGGGAAGAUUUUUCCGGAGAAUCUGUGGCAACAACAUUCUUGCGACAGAGGGGAUAUGGUUGGCUUUUAGAGGUGGAAGAUACAGAUCCAGAGGACAAUAAGCCAUUGCUGGAGGAGCUGGAUAUUGACCUGAAGGACAUUUAUUACAAAAUACGUUGUGUCUUGAUGCCAGUACCUUCUUUGGGGUUUAAUAGGCAGGUAGUGAGAGACAAUCCUGACUUUUGGGGUCCAUUGGCAGUAGUACUUUUCUUUUCCAUGAUUUCACUAUAUGGACAAUUCAGGGUUGUUUCAUGGAUUAUAACAAUUUGGAUAAUUGGAUCAUUGACCAUUUUCUUAUUGGCAAGAGUACUAGGAGGAGAAGUUGCAUAUGGACAAGUUCUUGGUGUUAUUGGAUACUCUCUGCUUCCUCUCAUUGUAAUAGCUCCUCUGCUGUUAGUAGUUCAUUCAUUUGAAAUCGUGUCUACAGUGGUUCAGCUUUUUGGAGUUUUUUGGGCUGCAUACAGUGCUGCUUCAUUACUAGUCGGAGAGGAAUUCAAAACUAAGAAGCCACUUCUGAUCUAUCCUAUCUUGUUAUACAUCUACUUCUUGUCAUUGUAUACCGGAGUCUGAUUUGUUCAAACUGUUUCAAGCAUAUGAAAGUGUCAUUUUUACCUUGGCAUAAGGACUGAGAGGAAGAAAUCCUGGAAACAAGACCUUGUUUUGUGGAAGGACAGUUACUCCUAGUUUGGUCUUCUCGAAACACUGACUUGAUGAAAGGUCCACCAGCACAGCUGUACAGUUUAUUUAAUGAAUGAUAACAGUUUGUACUAAAUAAAAUUCUAGGUUUUGCCAAGAAAUGUCUCAGAUUUUAGAGAUCAGAAUUUUUCAAGUUUCUUUAGGUAGGAUCUGGGCCAUCAUUAGGAGAGAGAUGCAUCUUUGCCAAAUGCACCAGGACCAGGUCUUUCUUUAUUACCUUUUUUGUGGUUGAGGGCUGACUCCUUGCUAACGUACUAAAGACUUUUUUCAUUGAAAAAUCAUUUUUAAGUUAAAUAUUUUUAUCAGAUUUGGUGGUGCAGAAAUUAACCUUAUUUAUUAUAUGCUUUUCACAUUUGCAUCUUAAUUUACUAUGUUAAGUUUCAUUUAGUAUAAAUGCAUUUUAAUUAGGUGUUCAUUUUCCAUAUCUGUGCCUGUACAUACCAUAUGUGUGUGUGUGUGUGUGUAUAUAUGUAUAUGGGUCCACUGAAAUACGUCAAAUCUAUCAUUGGCCAACAUCUGUUUCGCCAACAAAAUAUGGUUGACAGGUUUGUGAGAUCUCACAUUUCUCUGUGUAGGGAAAUAUGCCCUUUCCUCAUGAUUGUGCAAUAUCGGAGUUAAUAAAGUUAACGGGGGGGGUGCAAAAAGUAAGGUUUACUUUUUUUUUUUUUAAGUUUUGCAUGCGCUAUGGUUGUUUUUUGGCACAUGACUAGUAGCAUAUUGACAUUUGCAAAGUCAACUUUUGUGGUCGACCACAUAUACAGCUAUCUUUGAGUGUUGUGUUUAAUUUCAGAACACCUAUAUGUAUAUGUGUGUGUGCAUACAAACUUGUGUACGUAUGUGUAUAUGUAUGUAUAUAUAUAUAUAUAUAUAUAUAUAUAUAUAUAUAUAUAUACGUACGCAUAUAUAGCGAUGGAUGGAUCAUUGCAGAACAUCAUAGUCCAUAAUAAAUACAAACAUGAGCCUACACUGUUGGAGUGACAAAGAAUUCCAGAUUUAAAUCUUGUGACCAAGUUAUCAGAAACUAGUAAUGAGUACUGCAAAUGUUAAAAUAGUGUCAUUUCAUGAUAUAUUAACUACCCUGCUACAGUGUUUCUGAAAACAAAAAUAAAAUGUUUGCCCAGUGAGACUGUAAUGUACAAGUACCAGUUAAAAAUGUGCCAAGAAAUGAAAAUCAGGUGAAAGAAACUUCACUUUAAUAACCAAAUUAGUGGUAUAUUCUGAAUAAUUUAAUCAAUAAAAAAGGCAAUAAACAGUACCCGUGACAAAUGAAACCAGACCUACCAUGUACUUCAGUGGCAGGAGCUAUUAGUCACAAACUGAUCAUGUAUCUUGAAAUGUUGGCAAUAUUGUGCAUAACUUCAUAGCCAGAAAGGAAGAAAAGUAGUCAUUACUGAAGAUUAACCUUUACCAUUUCGAGGAAGAAAAAUUCAAGUCUCAGAAUAUGUUAGUGCUUCACUUACAAGAUACAUAACAGGUACAUAGCAAGGGCAAUCACUUUCACAACUAUAGUCAAUAAAGAACAGCAUGACACAUACCAUCUGCCAAAAUCUACAUUUGUAAAAAGAAACCGACUGAAAAGAAAUGCUCAAAGUUUAGAAAAUGUGCCAGUUCAAAUAAUUGAGGAUCUGUGAUCUUUAACACCGGCAGAAGUGGUUCGAAGCCUUCCUAGCUGCAAAAACAGUACACAAAUGUUACUAAAACAGCCAGUAUUCAGUUUAUCUCCUUAACAUUGAACACACAGAAGUGGCCUUCUUAUUCUUUGUCAAGUCACAGACUUGCAGCAGUCUGUAUUUUUAUUGCUGACAGCAAUGUAGAAAUAUAUUCAUUCUUUACAUUAUGACAUACUUUCCUUUGAAAUCCCUUUUGUAGGCAGGUGUACAGUGUCCUUGCUUAAUUAGUUUUGUUGAUAUUAAAUCUGUACUACUGGCAUUUGCUGUUUCACACAAAACCUAUUGUACGUAAGAUUUGUCCUGGAGUACAUUAUACGAAGUCCCAGAGACUGCAGAAACAACAAUGUAGCCUGAGCAUCUUGAUUAAUUUUUUUUAAUUCCUUUACAUGCAACUUUCCAAAGGAUUAUUUUCUCUUAAAUACUCUGGCACCACACACACUGUUUAUAUAUGGCUACAUUAUAUGGAACAUCACUGAAGGUUACUGUAUUGAGAAAAACAAAAUUCCUGCAGGUUUUCUGGAUCCUGAAAUGGUACAGUCUGGUUUAGGGGUACAAAUGCUAAAUAUUCCAUCAGGCCCAGAAACUGUUUAUGUGUUCUGAACGAUAUUGUAUUCUCAGCAGACUUUGAAAGUCUGGAACAGAUUUGCCAGCAUUAUUUGAAGUUAAUUUCUUUCUGAACUGUAUAUGACUUGUGUGAUGUGCUACUCCUAAGAAUUCAAAAUAUGUCUACAUGACAGUAGCAUUUAUGUAUGUUGAUGGUUGAAUUCUUCAGUUAAAUUUCUGAUGUGCUGCGAGCUGUCCCUGUUGAAAAAUAAAUAUUUUGUUAGUGAUUUCUAGUUGGGUUAUCUCAAUCUCUCAAAUGGCGUAAAAGAAGGGAUUGUAAAGUAUAAUUCAGUUAACAUUUAUGCAGUGCAAUAGCUACAACACAUGGGAUUUUAUAUACUGAGUCACUGAACAUUCAUUUUUUAAAGUUUAUGCUGUCCUUUGUAGUAGUAGAGCUACAUUAUUCAGCAUGUUGCCCAUAUACCUACGGAGUUGUGAUAUUAAAAAAGGGUUUCUUGGCAAUGUGUGGAUUCACUAUUGUGGUCCAUUUUAUUUUAUUGUAUUUGUAAAAGUUCUGCAUUCACUAAUUUAAUGGACAUAUUUACGUAGUGAACCCUACGUGCAUAUUGUAUGUUGGGUGUGGGUGUGUAUGUGUAUAUAGUAUAUGUAUAGAUAUAGGUUUAUUAUCAUAUUUGCAGUUGCUACAAUUGUGAAUACAGUAGUAAAGAGACCAGAAGAUCAUAAGACUGGAAUGUUGAGGACCAUAGGAGUGAAGUGCUGGACUUGCCCCCCUUCUUGGACCUAUGUUAGCACUUGUUUCUGUGCCUGCAAUGGUUAGGACGUUCAAUAUUCUACAUUUUUCAUUCCUGUGGUUCUUAAUAUUCCUGACUUAUGAUCUUCUGGUCUCAUUAUUACCAUAUUCACAACUGUAGCAAUCAAAAGUAUAAUAGUAACACACACACACCCCUGCCUACCUAAAUACAUGUAUACAUACACUGAUGUGUGUGUAAAAGGUAUAUGUAUGUCAACAUGUGUAAGCAUUUACAAGUACUGAGGUAUACACUGAACAGAUAUAACCACAUGCCCAGGCUGUUGUGAGGCAUGAGCCCAGUGAAGAAGUGCCUUAUAAGCCUGCCACCAUGUCAGUAUCUGUCCAGGGCACAACUGUUUAUGAAUAAUGCACUUAAAAUGGCAUUAUUUCUGCUUUUGUUAUGCAGCUGUUUUUGGACAUCUGUUUAUGUAUGCUUUGAAUGUUUUUUCACACCUACCUUUGUUAGUCAGUCAGAUUGCUUGCUUUUGUGAGCAUGCAUACACACACACACAAGAAAUACUUUGUAGAUGUAUAUAUGUAAAGUCAAUAAAAAUACAGUAAUGUUA